AUGCCCGAUCCGGACGCCGCCUCGAACCAAACCGCCAUUAUCGCGGUGUCCCGGCCGGGCGCGGUUCUGGCCCGUCGGUUGGCGGCGUCCAUGAGCGACGCCGCGCUGUAUCUGGAGCGGCGAACCGGCGAGGAUUCGUCGGACGGCAUUGAUCGUCAUCAGUAUUACGAUCUGCCCCUGCGGCCGGUGAUCCAGGACCUGUUCACCCGGUACGGAGCGUUGGUGGUCUUCCUGCCCGUUGGCGCCGCCGUCCGCCUGCUCGCCCCCGUGCUAGGCAGCAAACGGCAGGACCCGGCGGUGGUAUGCGUCGACGAUGCCGGCCGUUACGCGGUCAGCGUGCUCUCCGGCCACGUCGGGGGCGCGGAUGCGCUGGCGCACCGGGUUGCGGACGCCAUCGGAGCUCGGGCCAUCGUCACCUCCGCAUCCGACGCCCUGGCGGUCACCGCCAUCGACCUCGUGGGUCGUGACGCGGGGUGGCGCGUUGAAGCAUCCCCAACCGACCUCACCCGGGCGGCAGCGGCCGUGGUCAACGGCGAUCCGGUGGCCCUGUGGCUGGAUCCCGAAACGGGAGCCGCGUGGCCCGAUGGCACCCCGUUGUCGGAGAACAUAUUCCCAGUAGCCAGCCUCAGCGACUUGCGGGAUCCCGGCUACACCGCAGUCCUCAUCGUGUCUGAUCGCCUCUUGGACAUUGAGACCGGUCGCCCGCUGAUAACCUACCGCCCGCCUACGCUGGUGGCGGGCGUGGGCUGCCGCCGCGGCGUGGCGGAAGACCACCUGCGCGGGUUGUUGCAGGACACGUUACGGACGAACAGGUUGGCAAUACGCAGCCUCAAGCAACUGGCCACCGCCGACAUCAAGGCCGACGAAGCCGGCAUAAUCGCUCUGGCCGAGACCCUCGACGUGAACGUGGCGAUCUACGAUGCUGUCCAGUUAAAUGCGGUUCCGGCAAACCAGCCCAAUCCGGCGGGAACAGCCGCCGGCCUCCACCGGCCCACGCCAUCCGCCGCGCACGACCUGCUCGGCGUAUUCGGAGUCGCCGAGCCGGCCGCCAUGCUGGCCUCGGGAGCAGACGGGGUCAUCGUACCCCGGACCAAGUCCGACCGUGCUACCAUUGCUGUAGCGCGCAUCCCGUCGGCGAAGGGAAAUGCGCCGGAGCUAGCGGCAAUGGACGAACCGGAAACUGUGGCGCUGGGAGAGGCUCUGCUGGCAGCCGCCCAGCGGGAAAUCGGCAAAGGCAACCUGCACGAAGGCGCGGGGCUGGUCUGGGAGGCCACUAUGGAAGCGUUGGCGGCGGCCGCUGAGCGCUGUGGUCGGCCAUGCCGCAACCGGGACGAAGCCUUGGCGUUCGUCAAUUACCUGGACGACACCGCCGCCGACCCUGCCGAUGAGAUCUACACCCACCGCAAUUUGGCAGCCUUCUCCGUAGCGGACUCUUACCGUGAGGAAUACCGCGGCGAGGCGAGCUCGCUCGGCGACCCUGAGCUUCGAUGGGAUUCCGACGAUUUCGCGACGCGACUUCAAUCGGUUCGCCGUUUCGUCAGGUCACUGAACGAACGUACCGCCGGCAGCCGGGCUCCGUGA